AUGGCGCCUUUCAGAGGAAGAGGAGGCUCACGAGGUGGCCCACGGGGCGGAUCAAGAGGAGGGAGUAGGGGCGGGAGCUUUGGAGGCCGCGGUGGCAGCAGUUUUGGUGGUCGCGGUGGAGGAUCAAGAGGAGGAGGAAGAGGAGGAAGAGGAGGAUUUGAUCGUGGCAACAGUCGAGGCGGUGGUCGGGGAGGAAGAGGAAGAGGUGGAAGAGGAGGAAACAGAUUUGGAAGGACCGAGUUCCGCACAAGCAGAGUCGACGAACCGGAAGAUCAACCCUUCCCUGAGAGCGGCGAUGAGAGCGAGCCCGACGACGAAUCCAUGGACGACCAAGACGCUCAAUCUGUAGGAAGCGACAAUGAAGACGCUCCUGCCUCAAAAGUCCGCGCAUACAACGCCCUUCUCCAAUCCUUCCAGCAAGAGUCAGACGAGCCCCGUCGCAAGCGCAGAAAGAUUGAAGAAGCCCCAAAGGAUGACGAGAGCGACGAGGAAGAAGAUGCUGCUUUAGACGAUGCCUCGGAUAUCUCAGGAAGUCAAGAUGGGGCGCAAGAUGAGGAACAAGCACAAGAAAACGGAAACAGCGACGCCGAGAUCGAGCAUGACGAGGUCGACGACGACGACGAGGAUGAGGACCCGACGGACCCCUUUGACCAACACUUUGCCAACCCGGAAGCCAACGACCUUACUCAACGUCUCAAAGCAGUCACGGACAACCAGUGGCGCUCGGAAAAGCUCAAGGUGUUGAAGGACGGCAGUCUGACCAUCUCUCUCCCCGAAUCUGCUCCUGCCUUGUCACGUAAAACACUCAAGUCUGUCUCGCAGCUCAAUCUCAAGCAACGCAUUGCAGAGCCAGCGACAAAACACAUUGGCACUUUCAGCGAGCUGGGACAAGCAAUUGCGACUUCAAUCUACGCCUACCAGGAUGUGCUGUGCGGCGCCAGAACCGUCGAAAACGCCUCCGAGCUUAGACAUAUGGCUGCUUUGCAUGCUCUCAACCACGUCUACAAGGGCCGCGACCGCCUACGUGACCAAGGCUUCACCCGCCCCAAGGUUCUUGUCUUGCUGGAGACUCGCAGUGCCGCCGCAAGAUACAUUGAUGCUCUGAUAGCUCUCUGUGAACCCGAGCAACAAGAAAACAAGAAGCGUUUCGAAGACGGUUUCGUACUGGACGAACUGAAGUUUGGCGGCGAAGGAGAUUCACAUCCUGCAGACUUCCUCGAGUUGUUCGAGGGCAACGACGACAACGAUUUCCGCCUGGGCAUCAAAUUCACCCGCAAGACUAUGAAGUUCUUCUCGCAGUUCUAUGCUUCGGACAUCAUCCUUGCGUCGCCUCUCGGUCUACGCCGUAUCAUCGAGCACACUGAUCCCAAGAAAGCCGACAGCGAUUACCUCUCCUCGAUCGAGAUUUGCAUUGUGGACCAAGCAGAUGCCAUGCUGAUGCAGAACUGGGACCACGUAGAUUUUGUCUUCCAACACCUCAACCUCCAACCCAAAGAUGCCCACGGCUGCGACUUCAGCCGCGUGCGAAACUACUAUCUCGAUGGUCAAGCCAAACAUUUGCGCCAAACAAUCAUUUUCUCAGCAUAUGUGGCCCCCGAGCUCAAUCGCCUCUACAAUGCACACAUGCUGAACAUUGCUGGAAAGGCAAAACUCACACCCUUCUACCCAGGCGUAAUCGGCGACAUCGACCUCGAAGGCAUGAAACAGACCUUCUCUCGCUAUGAUUCGGCAGCCCCUCACAUGGACCCGGAUGCCCGCUUCAAAUACUUCAACACAGCCGUCCUCCCUUCCCUUCUCCGUGUGCCGAAACCAUCGGAUGGUGGUCCUGGUAUCCUUCUCUUCAUCCCCUCAUACCUCGACUUUGUGCGAGUAAGAAACUACUUUGCCAACUCGAACGAGACGCAACAUAUUUCCUUUGGCGCCAUCAGCGAAUACACACCCGUGCCCGACCAACGACGCGCACGCAGUCAUUUCCUCUCUGGCCGCCACAGUGUCCUCCUCUACACUGGCCGUGCACACCAUUUCCACAGACUAAGGCUGAAGGGCGUACGAAGAGUGGUCUUUUACGCUCUACCAGAAAACCCAAUCUUCUAUACCGAAGUCGCGAGGGGCUUCUUGGGUACCAUGGUUGCAGAGGGCAGAUUAGAUCCCACCGAGGCCGGUGUCAGGACCAUCUUUUCGAAAUGGGAUGGCUUAAAGUUGGAGCGUGUCGUAGGAACCAAACGUGUUGGUCCCAUGUUGAGGGACAAGGGUGGAGACACUUUCGAUUUUGUUUAA